UUCGACAGCCCUGGCGAAAUUCGUCUCAGAAAAGCAGUGUGUGUGUGUGUGUGUGCUUGCAUGUGUGAGAAAGUGACGAAUUACUUUUCAUCAAAUGGGAAAUAAUUUAGUUUGAAAACACGUAUAUAUCCAGAGCAGCUAAAAAUUACAGUUUGUAACAAUAUUUAGAGACAACGAGCUAAAUCGGCCCAGGAAAGUUUUCCCGAAACUCGACAACUCACCAACGAAAUGGCGGAAGGCGGCAGUAAACGCAUCAACGUGGUUGUGAAAACGCCAAAGGACAAGAAAACGGUGGAGGUUGACGAAGAUUCUGGAAUAAAAGAUUUCAAAAUUCUGGUUGCACAAAAGUUCGAGGCGGAGCCCGAGCAGCUGGUGCUUAUUUUUGCCGGCAAAAUUAUGAAGGACACGGACACAUUGAAGAUGCACAAUAUCAAGGACAACCUGACGGUGCAUUUGGUGAUCAAGGCGCCGACCCGAAACAACGAGGCACCGGCCCGCGCCCCCGCCGACGUUCGCCAGACGCCGUUCGGCCUGAAUCAGUUCGGCGGUUUGGCUGGCAUGGAGGCGCUCGGCGCCGGUUCGAGCACGUUCAUGGACCUGCAGGCCCGCAUGCAGAACGAGCUGCUGAACAACGGCGACAUGCUGCGCUCCCUGAUGGACAACCCCCUGGUGCAGCAGAUGAUGAACAAUCCGGAGACGAUGCGCCAGCUGAUCACGUCCAAUCCCCAAAUGCAGGAUCUGAUGCAGCGCAAUCCCGAGAUCUCGCACAUGCUGAACAAUCCGGACCUGCUGCGCCAAACAAUGGAGCUGGCCCGCAACCCAUCGAUGUUGCAAGAACUAAUGCGAUCGCAUGACCGCGCCAUGUCCAACCUGGAGUCAGUGCCGGGCGGUUACAGUGCUAUGCAGCGGAUCUAUCGCGACAUCCAGGAGCCGAUGAUGAAUGCGGCCACCGAGUCCUUUGGCCGCAAUCCGUUCGCCGGACUGGUCGAGGGCGGUGGAUCGGGAGCGGGUGGUGUCAACCCCCAGCAGGGUACCGAAAACCGCAAUCCCCUGCCGAAUCCCUGGGGCGGUGGCGGCACCAACACCACAACAAACGGCACUGGCAGCGGAACCGGCGCUGGCAACGCCGCUGGUACUGGCAACCGGACCGGGGACUUGCCGCCAAACAACGUCCUUAACACCCCGGCCAUGCGCAGCCUUCUGCAGCAGAUGGCGGACAAUCCAGCGAUGAUGCAGAACCUCCUUAACGCGCCGUACACCCGUUCGAUGAUGGAGACCAUGUCGCAGGAUCCGGAAAUGGCGUCGCGCCUGCUGAGCACCAGUCCCCUGCUCUCAAACAAUCCCGCCCUGCAGGAGCAGGUGCGCCAAAUGAUGCCCCAGUUCAUGGCCCAAAUGCAGAAUCCGGAGGUGAUGAACAUGCUCACCAAUCCAGACGCCAUGAACGCCAUCCUGCAGAUCCAGCAGGGCAUGGAACAACUACGCAGCGCGGCUCCCGGCCUUGUCGGUACCUUAGGCAUUCCGCCACCACCACCGGGUGUUAACUCUGCAACGGAUCCGGCCAGCGGCGAUGGGACCACCACUGCUAACAAUGUUUCGCCGCCGAGUGGUGGGAAUGCAACGACCGCCGGCACCGGAGUACCAAACCUGGCACCGGGAGGCGGGCCGAAUGCCCAGCUCUUCAAUGACUUUAUGAUGCGCAUGCUCAACGGUAUGUCCAACAAUACGGACAGCACGCAGCCGCCGGAGGUCCGUUAUCAGUCGCAGUUGGAGCAGCUCGCCGCAAUGGGAUUUGCCAACCGCGAGGCCAACUUGCAGGCUCUUAUCGCUACCUUCGGAGACAUCAAUGCAGCGGUGGAGCGUCUGCUGUCCCUUAACCAGUUGUCCCUGAGUUAACAACGUUAAGCCAUUUUCAAACUGUACACAACCUGUCUUAUAUCUACAAAACUACAACUAUAUCUACCACUACAACCUGGAUAAUGCGAAUGCGAAUGCGAAUGCGAACGAGCACUAGAAUGAGAUCUUAACGAGAAAGGGAACAUGAACGGAUACCCCUCUGCCCAAAAACAAACAAACACACACACACACACCCACACACACAUUAUACUUACACCCCAAGAACCAGCACACCACACAAUUGAAUGGUCAGCGCGCUGAUUGUUAUUACUAUCCAUACUAUACUAUGCGGGAAAUACCUUGAAUCCUACAGGCCCACCCACACAGCACACACACUCCACACUCUAUACUCCCAACCACACUCUCAGUCCCCAAAGCAACCCCUAAGCUAACAGAACACACACAGUCUAAACAGAAAACCAUAUUCACGAGACACUAGAGACGCCUAGAGAACGGGGCGAGAUGAUUAGACAAUCCGAUCAGUCGGAACGGACAGAAGGACGUGGAAGAUAUAUAUGAUUGCAUACCAAAGUUUCGACAGUUGCGUAGUUGAAGAUGAUAAUUAUUAUUUUUUUUUUUUUAAUGUUUAACCCGAACGUUAGACACCACCUGAAUUACCUAAAAACCUUGAAGCGGAAAUGGGUUAGCCACGAAAACUGAUGGAACCAGUGGCGUUAUGUGCAAGAGCAUAUACGCCCCCAUACACUCCCUUACCGCUAAUACACCACCCUACACACACACACACACGACACAUACACCCAGACAUACACAUAUGCAUCUACACUUGAAGAAAAAACGGAACAUUUCACGCAUUUAACAUUCACUGUUUUAUAAUAAACUUCAACAUUUCUGUGCUCUCGUUUAUCAUUGUAAAUUGUAACUAUAAUUUCAUGCCACGACCACCAACACCACAUCGCCCCUCCACGUGAUAUGCUAGGAUUGUGUGCUUUCGAAAAAGAAAAAAAAAAACAAAAAAAAAAAAAAAAUCAAACAUACAAAAAACUAAAAUCAAAAUGUGCUAAAGAGGUGGGUUACUGUGGGUCACUGUGGGCUGUGGGCUGUGGGCUGGAUUAGUCUGGGUGGAUAGUCUACUCCCGCCAAUCACCCCUUUCUCGCGGUUCGCAUCCGUUCUGGUUCUGGUUAUCAGAGACAGCCGCAAUCAGUGGGACAUGAUACUUUACAUAUGUAUGUGUUUAUCUAUAUGCUCGAGUAUAGAUACAUUAAAUAUUCCAUGGUGUUAAAAGACGUAAAAUAUUUAAAUUCCUUAGUAAAAAGAGAGAGAGCCCCCACUUUAACCUCUAUCUUAAUCUUAGCUAUUACUUUGUAUUCGCCUGAUCGCCGUGUGCUUGGGGCUUGGACUUGGGCCUGGGUCGGGUAGGGAUCCUUCUCCCUAGACUCUGGUGAGAGAGAGAGAUCGGGAACGGGUGGGUGGGUGAGUAACUACUGUAAGCUGGGCCGGGCGAUCAGAGAUCGGAGCUACUUUUAUUCGUUUAGUGGAGGAAGUGAAACUAAGUAACUAAUUGUAAAUGGUCACAUGUUUUAAAACAAAUGAAUAAAGCUGCUUUGGUUUUAGAUAAUA